UCUGUUAUUUUGUUUACAAAAGUACUCAUAAGCAUAACUUAAAAAGAAAAACAAUUCGAAGUUUAUUUAUUUCCGUAUAAUUAUUUUCUCAUAUCCACAAAAAUGUUUUCAACUGCUAAAGACGAUGAUAUGGUUGAAUGUCCAUACAACAAAUAUCAUCAAAUGACUCGAAAACGCCUCAUCCCGCAUCUAAUUAAGUGUCGUCUCAGUUAUCCCGAUGCUGAACUCAUCAAAUGUCCCUUCAAUGCUAGUCAUUUGAUUCCUGAACCCGAAUUUACGCAUCAUGUUGCCAACUGCAAAGAUAAAGCAAUUAUCCAUCAAUACAAGUACAAUACACUCCCGGUAAAAAUCGACGAAGAUGACCGUCAGCAAGUAGAAAUCGAUUGUGAUGAAAACUGGGAUGACACCGAAGCUGCUGACUAUGAUCCAAAAAAAUAUGUCAGCCAAGCUAAUGUAAUUCGCACCCACAUCGGGAAUCUACCAUCUGUUCGAAAGGAAUUCCGGAAAAAUGAACGUAAACGCUUGGGUGACGAAGACUCAUCCGAAGACGAGGCACAGAAAACCUUCGGCAAGAGAAUCUAUAAGGAUUUGGAUUGCAAAAAAAAGGAGGAGAUUAGAGAAAAUAACUGGUUUGAGGAUCGCGGACCAUCAUCGAGUUUUGCAAGCCGUUCACAACGUAAGGAUAGUUACAAAGAAUCAUUAAAGAACUUUUCAAAGGGUAGGAGUCACGAUGAUGAUGAAGAUGAUGACCAUCGCAAAAAAUUCAUUAAAAAAGAAAUCAAAGAAGAAAGUCCAGAUAGUUCUUCUGAAGAAAGAAGACAUAAAGAAGAUAAAUCGUCAAAAAGACGUUCUGUCGAUGAUGAAUCUUACAAGGAAAGUUGUGACAGAAGAUCAAAAGAUGAUUACUCUUAUGAAAGAAGGCGAGGAGAUGAUAACUUAUCAAAAAGGCGUUAUAUUGAUGGUGAAUCUAACACCAAAUUUCACGGCAGACACGGUUUCCUGGGCAUGUCAAAUAGAGCAAGAAGAGGACGUUACUAGCAUUUAUUUUUUUUCUAGAUAGUUCUUUUUUAGAUGUAAGGAAUCGAACAGUGUCAAACUAAAUCCGUAACCAAUUUGUUUUAA